GUGUUGAUUGUAACUUGCACGGGCUUGGAGGCAAAUCCAUAUUUUAAGUAGAUAUUGUCAAAAUAGGGUGAAGAAGGGUUAGUUUUGAUACCGGACUAUGGAUUUUCAUCGGACGCCAUGCUGUCCGACCGUCUCCGGAUAUUGGCCAUCUAGUCUCCAUCUCCCUGCUUAAACUUCCCCAAAGAGAGUCCUCCUCCGUACCGGGACUCCAGAGUUCGAUGGUAAGUCCGCUAUAAGAGAAACGGCAUUUUGGGCACCUUUAUUGUAAACAGUGCUUUCUCAUAAAGAUUUUAAAGCAUCCCCUGCAGCAGGUCACACAGACUCAAUAUUUCUAUACCAAAAUACCCUCUUCUAGCACUUCCUUGCUAUCUUUUCCCCUUGACCAUAGUCAAUCGGUUAAUAUGUCUCCUGCCACUACUUUAGAGCAAGUACCCACCGAGCCGAUGAGCAACCAACUCAGGCCCCUGACAGGCAAGGUUGCCCUGAUCACGGGCUCCGGUCGCGGUAUUGGACGAGGAAUCGCGCUGGAGUUAGGUAAGCGUGGCGCCUCCAUUGUUGUCAACUACGGCCGCAGCUCCAAAUCCGCCGAGGCCGUCGUGGAGGAGUUGGCCAAGCUAGGCUCCAAGGCGGUGGCUUUCCAAGCAGACAUCUCUAAGCCGGCCGAAGUAGCUGGUCUCUUCGACAAGGCCUUGUCUCAUUUUGGUCACGUUGAUUAUGUCGUCUCCAACUCUGGUAUGGAGGUAUGGUGCGAGGAGACCGAGGUGACCCCGGAGCUGUUCGACCAAGUCUUCAACCUAAACUGCCGGGGCCAGUUCUUCGUUGCACAACAGGCGCUCAAGAACUGCAGCGAGGGCGGUCGCAUCAUCCUAACCUCGUCCAUCGCGGCUCAGAUGGGCGGUAUACCCAAUCACGCGCUGUACGCAGGCUCCAAGGCCGCUGUUGAGGGAUUCACGCGCGCAUUUGCUGUCGACUGCGGCCGUAAGCGCAUCACUUGCAAUGCCAUUGCCCCCGGCGGCAUCCAGAGCGACAUGUUCGACGAAAACAGUUGGCACUACGUCCCCGGCGGGUACAAGGGCAUGCCAAUCGACACUAUCAAGGAAGGCCUUCGUAAGAUGUGCCCCCUUGACCGCGUUGGCGAGCCGUCAGAUAUCGGAAAAGCGGUCUACUGUUUGAUUAGUGAGGAGGGCGAGUGGAUCAAUGGCCAAGUCAUUCGAUGUUCGGGAGGCGGUGUCUAAACUAAUUACCGCGGAAGGGAUUUCUCUCUCAAGGCUCUUACUAAGUACAUGGCACGAUGACGGCGUUUGUUCUUAUAUGAUGCACAUGAGUGUUUUAUGUAGCCCAUUCAACAGUUCGCACGAUAUAGACAAAAUAGAUACUAG